GCCCAGCACCAGCGCGUCUCACGGGGAGAAGCCGAACGCGUGGGCCACUGCGGCCGCGCCUUGGCGCACAGCUCGCACUUCUCGGCACCUGCGCUCCCACGCCGGCGGGAAGCCCUUCGCGUGCCCGAGCGCGGCCAGGCCUUCAGCCAAGCUCCAGCACCGCAGGGUCCCACGGGCGAGCGCCCCUACGCGUGCCAGGACCGCGGCCGCGCCCUCAGCCGCGCCCCCUUCCUCGGCGAGCACCGCCGCACGCACACGGGCGAGAAGCCCCACGAGUGCGGCCAGUGCGGCCGCGCCUUCCGGGCGCUGUCCGGCUUCUUCCGGCACCAGAGGGUGCACGCGGGCGAGAGGCCGUUCCGCUGCUCCGAGUGGGCCGCGCCUUCCGCCUCAGCUCCCAUCUGAUCCAGCACCGGAGGGUGCACGGCGCGGAGUGAGCCCGGCCCGCCGCCCGCGGAGAGAACCCGAGGCUGGCCGGUGGCGCGGGGCAGCUGCGGACGGACGCUGGGUGGCAGGGGACCCGCACAGCGCCUGACACCUGCGCAGGAAUUGCCCUCCUGAGAUGGCUUUUGACAAUGCCGGAGACCAAGUCAGGAGCUGGGCCAGAGGCGACGCGGCCUGACUUUGGACCGGCCUCAGGCAAGAAUUGUUCCCUUUCCUGUUGUUGUGCCAGGUGCUGCCAAGCCUGAUCUCCAAAAGCCUGUCCAAGGACAGGGAAACCCUGAUGGAGGCCCCCACAGCUGUGAAAACUACAUUUCCAGUGUGUGCUGGGCAGGCAGUGCAGACUGUGGGGCUGACUGCACAGCUGGAGGCUUCAGGGGCAGGAGGAUGCCUUGAAGAGGCUGUGCCUGUGCUCCUGCAGGGGCCGCCCGGAGCACCCAGGUCUCAGGACCUUCGUGAACAUGUGGACGCUGCACAGAGGCCUGGAGAGGGCCCCAGGGGACUGGGGACUGGUGAGAGAACUGGAGGGCACAGCAGUGGCGAGGGUGGUGUGUCCAGAUCAGACAGCACACUUAACUCAGGCCCUGGAACAGAUCAGCGAGGCCGCUGCAGAGGGCGGCCUUAUCAGUGUGACACCUGUGACCGGAGCUUCAAAUGCCACUCAGAUGUGGUGAAGCACCAAAGCAUGCAUUCUGGGGGCAAGCCCUACGAGUGCAGCGACUGUGGGAAGGCCUUCAUCCACAGCUCGCACGUGGUGCGGCACCAGAGGACUCACCACGGGGACAAGCCCUACGUGUGCCAGGAGUGCGGGAAGGCCUUCAGCCAGAGCUUCAACCUCCUCAGACACCAGAGGGUCCACACGGGCGAGAAGCCCUACGAGUGUCCCGAGUGCGGCAAGGCCUUCAGCCAGAGGUCGGACGCCGCCAAGCACCGGAGGAUCCACACUGGAGAGAGGCUGUACGAGUGCAGCGACUGCGGCAGGACCUUCGUGCACAGCUCCAACGUGGUGCGCCACCAGCGGACUCACCACGGGGCGAGCCCGUACGAGUGCCAGGACUGCGGCCGCGCCUUCAGCCAGAGCUCCAACCUCCUCCAGCACCAGCGGGUCCACACGGGCGAGCGCCCCUACGCGUGCCCGGACUGCGGCCGCGCCUUCAGCCGCGCCUCCUUCCUCGGCGAGCACCGCCGCAUCCACACGGGCGAGAAGCCCCACGAGUGCGGCCAGUGCGGCCGCGCCUUCCGGGCGCUGUCCGGCUUCUUCCGGCACCAGAGGGUGCACACGGGCGAGAGGCCGUUCCGCUGCUCCGAGUGCGGCAGCGCCUUCCGCCUCAGCUCCCAUCUGAUCCAGCACCGGAGGGUGCACGGCGCGGAGUGAGCGCACGCGGGGGGCGCGGAGUGAGCGCACGCGGGGUGCGCAGGGGCAGCACCUCUGGGGCCUCCCACACCGCAGGCCUGUUCUCACUCUGUGCAGCCAGGGAAACAAUAAAGGUUUCUGCCUCUGAAA